AUGAUCGAUUGGCAAGCAACGGAAAUCUUGGCAGGUUGCUUGUUUACGGCACUGUUUUUGGCACUUGUAUUAAUUGUCGCUCAAUGUCUAGCGUCAUGUUUCGACAACUGGAGAUCGGCCAGGCGGAAAGUAGAAACGGAACGCUUGCCGGACGAUUAUGUGGACGAGAUUAAGCGAUUGCUGGAUCGGCACAAAAAGAUUAUGAGCGAAUACGAUUUUCCUGAUGAUACACAUACUGAAGUGGACACUUUGAAGGCAGAUAGCAUCCAUCCCAUAACUGAAUCGGAAAUGGGAUCACCAAUUCGAACCCGAAACAACAGUAAUGCCGCGAAGUUGCAGAAAUUGAAGGAAGAACUCGGUGAAUACCGGAUGGGACCUGGUCCUUCUUCACAAGCUAAGGAGGAAUGCGAAUCAAAACGACGUUCAUGGGGUGGUCUAAACGACUCUGUCUUCGAUCCGGUCGAAUUGCCCAAUUCACUUGACGCCAGUGUACAAACGACGUUAGUUCUGCUUCCAUAUUUGGGUUUUCAAGCCGAAUGCUUCACUUUUGAAUGUUUGCUUCCUUCGAUAGGAAACUUUUUGUCUUCUAUGUGA